AUGCAGGUCUGCCAAUAAGCAAGCAGGUCUGGGUAUUUAAGGUAAGGGUCGACAUCUAACAAAGUUGGGCAACCCCUACAUUGGCUUUGGUGAGCAGGAUCUGAUCCCAAGGACUGUUACCUCUUUCCUUUCUCUCGUGCAGGCUGUAAGAAACGCAAUCAUGAAGAACUGCAACAAUGAUCACAAGAUGAAAUUCAAAACGGAGGAGGAGUACCCAGACCUCUCCCAGCACAACAACCAUAUGGCCAAGGUGCUGACUAAGGAGUUGUAUGAGAAGCUGAGGAGCAAGUCCACCCCUAGUGGAUUUACCCUGGAUGACUGCAUCCAGACUGGUGUAGACAACCCAGGCCAUCCCUUUAUCAUGACUGUGGGAUGUGUUGCUGGUGAUGAGGAGUCCUAUGAGGUCUUCAAGGAUCUGUUUGACCCCAUCAUUUCUGACCGUCAUGGAGGCUACAAGCCCACUGACAAGCACGCCACUGACCUGAACUUUGAGAACCUGAAGGGAGGUGAUGAUCUGGACCCCAACUAUGUACUGUCCAGCCGUGUGCGUACAGGCCGUAGCAUCAAGGGAUACACCUUGCCUCCCCACAACAGCCGUGGAGAGAGGAGAGCUGUGGAGAAACUGUCCAUUGAGGCUCUGGCUAGCUUGGAUGGAGAGUUUAAGGGCAAGUACUAUCCACUGAGUGGUAUGACUGACGCUGAGCAGGAUCAGCUGAUCGCUGAUCAUUUCCUGUUUGACAAGCCCGUUUCUCCACUGCUGACGUGUGCUGGAAUGGCUCGUGACUGGCCUGAUGGUAGAGGCAUCUGGCACAAUGACAACAAGACUUUCUUGGUGUGGGUGAAUGAGGAGGAUCACUUGCGUGUCAUCUCUAUGCAGAAGGGAGGCAACAUGAAGGAGGUUUUCAAGCGCUUCUGUGUUGGUUUGCAAAAGAUUGAGACCAUCUUCAAGAAACACAACCAUGGUUUCAUGUGGAAUGAGCAUCUGGGUUUCGUCCUGACCUGUCCUUCUAAUCUGGGAACUGGCCUGCGUGGUGGUGUCCAUGUCAAGCUGCCCAAGCUGAGCACACAUGCCAAGUUUGAAGAGAUCCUGAAAAGGCUGCGUCUGCAGAAACGUGGCACAGGUGGUGUGGACACAGCCUCUGUAGGUGGAGUCUUUGACAUCUCCAAUGCUGACCGUUUGGGUUCCUCAGAGGUAGCACAGGUGCAGAUGGUGGUAGAUGGAGUCAAGCUCAUGGUUGCAAUGGAGAAGAAGCUAGAGAAGGGAGAGUCUAUUGAUGACAUGAUCCCUGCUCAGAAGUAAAGUGGAAGUAGUGCAUCUUUUGUAUUUUCAAAAUAAGUAAGACAUCAGACAAGGAAGCAACCAGGAAGCACCUGAUGAUUUCAAAAGACACUCUACCCAUGCCACUGCUUUGUUCUUCCUUAGUUUCUGUCAGUCCGCUCAUUAUUCCUCUUCUGUCACCCCCAUCCCAUUCUUUUUGUAACAUCUUGGGAUCAAACUGCUACACAGAUGGACACCCUUGACUAUGUGUUCACCUAAGUUUAACUCUAUUUGGAUGUAAAGUAAUUGAAUAAAUACAGCCCCAUUUAACAGA